UACAUUUAUUUAUUUUCGUCUCUGCCUCGUUGUGCAUCAGGAAACCAUAAAUUACAUUAUAAUUUUGGAGCUGGUGGUGAGACUCUAUUAACCUCUCUGACUCUCUGAUUGCUUUUGUUUAGAUAUGAACUCGUGUUGAAUAUAUUUUAUAGCUGUUUAUGGAUAGAAGACAUGUAUUUUUGCUGAACAUCAUACGAUGAGUAACAUCCUUUACAUGCUAAAGAUAAAUAUAACUUAUCCUGAAUAUCUAGGUACAGAAACACUUGCUGUGAGCUGAUGAAGUACAUUCUGUGGAAACUUUACUGUUUUUAGGCUUAACUUUCUUUCAUAAGCCAUCUCUACUUAAAUACACAGCAGUAACGUCGUGGUUUUUUUUCUCUCUUUCGAUUAUGUUCGUAAAUUUAAGUGCAUUUGUUAUCACACUAUGCAGAUUAUUUCUGAUGGGUGUUUUUAAUGUAGUAUGUAGGAUUGUUCUUUGCACACUUUUGGGCUUUUAAAGUGAAACUGAAAGAGUUUGUGCCGUGGUUGUCUGGUUUGUCAGGAAAGUUCAGUUGAAGAGCACAGUCGUGGCCAACAGUUUCGAGAAUGACGCAACUGUUAAUUUUCACAAAGUCUGCUGCUUCAGUGUUUUUAGAUCUUUUUGUUAGAUGUUACUCUGGUAUACUGAAGUAUAAUUACAAGCAUUUCAUAAAUAUCAAAGGCUUUUAUUGACAAUUAGAUUAAGUUUAUGUAAAUAGUUAAUAUUUGCAGUAUUGGCCUUUCUUUAAGACCUCUGCAAUUUGCCCUGGCAUGCUGUCAAUCAGCUUCUGGACCACAUUUUGACUAAUGGCAGCCCAUUCCUGCACUAUGUAAAUUGCCAUCAUAAAAACUGAAGCAGCAAACUUUGUGAAAACUAAUAUUUGUGCCAUUCUCAAAACCUUUGGCUGCAGCUGUAGACUCCAGCGAACUUCACCCUAUUAUAUAACGCUGACGUUUUCGCCGCUUGUGUGUGAGACCCCUGAUAAUACGUGAGCUGGCAUUUUAUAUGUAAGUAAGAUGUGGAUCUUAUGUGUAGCAAUUUGACAUAGUUAUUGAGUUAUUUUUGGUUUUAAAAAAUAGAAGCUCUACCCUUCUGUUGGACAAUGGCAUUUAUACCUGUGGUUGAUUUCAAUGUCUACAAACUUGGUACCAGCGAUGUCGCUGACAAAAACUUGCAAGAGUUAGGCAAAGAAAUUCAAAAGGCCUUCACUGAAGUGGGGUUUGUGUAUCUCAAAAACACUGGAAUAGAUCAAAAAGAGGUGGAUCGUGUCAUGGAGAUUUCUAAGAAAUUCUUCCUGCUUCCUGAAGAACAGAAAAGGCCCUUCAGUAGGGGCAGUUAUGCAAAUAACGGCAAUCACGGUUGGGUGUCCUCAGAAACAGAAAGUUUAAAUCCUCGACGUCCAGGUGACUUGAAGGAGGUCUUUAAUACUACAUCCCUGCACCCUGAUAUUAAAUGGCCCUCCGAUGGUUGUGAUGGCUUUCGUGAUAUCAAAGUCGACUUUUUCCUACACUGUAAGGAGCUGUCUCUCCGUGUACUGAGGGUCAUGGCUCUCAGUUUAGGCCUGGAUUCAGAGUUUUUUCUCAAAGAACACUGCAACAUUGGAGGUGAUAAUAAUGGCACGACCCUGCGCUCUCUGUAUUACGCUCCGGUGAAGACUGAGAGUGUGAAGAAAGAUCAGAUCCGCUGUGGUGAGCACUCAGACUAUGGCAGCAUCACUUUAGUCUUCCAGAGCCAACAGGAAGGCCUGCAGGUAUUAAAUCGCAAAGGCGAGUUUAUCUCAGCUCCAAGUAUCCCUGGAACAGUGCUGAUCAACAUUGCAGAUAUGAUGCAGAGGUGGACCAGUGACGUGUUGGUGUCUGCUGUCCACAGAGUUCUACUACCUCCUGUGUGUGACUCAAGUGCAAGGCAGUCGUUGGUGUUCUUUGUGCAGCCGGAUGAUGAUGCCAUCAUUACGUGUUGUGAUGGCUCAAACAAAUAUCCUCCAGUGAAAUCGCUGGAUUAUCUCCUGUCAAGAUUCAACGAAACUUAUGGCAGGAAAUAGAAAUGUGCUUCUCCUUGUGAGCUGACGAUCACAAACUAAUUUAGUAACUAUGCAUAUGGGGUCUUUCUGCCUGAAAUAUUAGACAUUUUAUUUUCAUAUUUUGAUUUUCAUUUUAUUUUUCAUGAGCGUGAAUGCACUUGCAGUCCUGUGUAGAAUAUAAUAACCAUCAGUAUGUCUGCAUAUACAUUUAUAUAACCAUACUGAUUUUGUCUGAUAUUGACCUUUUAUCAAAUACUCAUUACUAAUCGCCUUGUUUAAUGUCUGCACUGUUAAAUUUGACUAAUUGUUAAAUUUGGGUAAAUUAGACACCUUCAUUUCACCAUAUUAGACAUGUCAGCCAACCAGCAUUUUAGCUUAAAAAAUCAUCUCUUUAUAAAUACACUAUAUUACCAAAAGUAUUCGCUCACCUGCCUUGACUCGCAUAUGAACUUAAGUGACAUCCCAUUCCUAAUCCAUAGGGUUCAAUAUGACAUCAGUCCACCCUUUGCAGCUAUAACAGCUUCAACUCUUCUGGGAAGGCUGUCCACAAGGUUUAGGAGUGUGUUUAUGGGAAUUUUUGACCAUUCUUCCAGAAGUGCAUUUGUGAGGUCACACACUGAUGUUGGACGAGAAGGCCUGGCUCUCAGUCUCCGCUCUAAUUCAUCCCAAAGGUGUUCUAUUGGGUUGAGGUCAGGACUCUGUGCAGGCCAGUCAAGUUCCUCCACACCAGACUCUGUCAUCCAUGUCUUUAUGGACCUUGCUUUGUGCACUGGUGCACAGUCAUGUUGGAAGAGGAAGGGGUCAGCUCCAAACUGUUCCCACAAAGUUGGGAGCAUGGAAUUGUCCAAAAUAUCUUGGUAUGCUGAAGCAUUCAGAGUUCCUUUCACUGGAACUAAGGGGCCAAGCGCAGCUCCUGAAAAACAACCCCACACCAUAAUCCCCCCUCCACCAAACUUUACACUUGGCACAAUGCAGUCAGACAAGUACCGUUCUCCUGGCAACCGCCAAACCCAGACUCAUCCAUCAGAUUGCCAGAUGGAGAAGCGCGAUUCGUCACUCCAGAGAACGCGUCUCCACUGCUCUAGAGUCCAGUGGCGGCGUGCUUUACACCACUGCAUCCGACGCUUUGCAUUGCACUUGGUGAUGUAUGGCUUGGAUGCAGCUGCUCGGCCAUGGAAACCCAUUCCAUGAAGCUCUCUGCGCACUGUUCUUGAACUAAUCUGAAGGCCACAUGAAGUUUGGAGGUCUGUAGCGAUUGACUCUGCAGAAAGUUGGCGACCUCUUCGCACUAUGCGCCUCAGCAUCCGCUGACCCCGCUCCGUCAGUUUACGUGGCCUACCACUUCGUGGCUGAGUUGCUGUUGUUCCCAAACACUUCCACGUUCUUAUAAUACAGCUGACAGUUGACUGUGGAAUAUUUAGGAGUGAGGAAAUUUCACGACUGGAUUUGUUGCACAGGUGGCAUCCUAUCACAGUUCCACGCUGGAAUUCACUGAGCUCCUGAGAGCGACCCAUUCUUUCACAAAUGUUUGUAAAAACAGUCUGCAUGCCUAGGUGCUUCAUUUUAUACACCUGUGGCCAUGGAAGUGAUUGGAACACCUGAUUCUGAUUAUGUGGAUGGGUGAGCGAAUACUUUUGGCAAUAUAGUGUAUAUUGGGAGUUGUAUUUUAAUAUUGUAACACUAUUUUAAUUAUCUGUGUUGACUUAAAAUCCAUUACAAUAUGUUAUUGCUGCAAAUAAAGUUUAAUACAUGGCAGAAGUAAGCCAACUUGCUU